AUGGAGAAACAGUGCAAAAACACAUAUAAAGCAAAUGCAGAUAUUUCAAAACAAAUUCUUAAAACGAAUACUAAAUCUCCCGCCUUGUGUGUUAUUUCAUUGACCCACGACUGUGUAUUAACGUUUUUAAUCCGGGUUAACGGUGGUGUGAUCAAAACCGCGCAUAAUUUCGCGAUGGCGGCUAUCUGUUUCGCGUGUGCUGUGCCACUGGAUGCUGCCGACUGUAUCGUCGGCUGUGCGUACUGUGAGGCUACUUUUCACCGCGGUUGUUGCAGGCUGCCUUCCGAGCUGAUUGAUGCGGUCCUGACUCACAUCGAUCUGCACUGGAGCUGCACUGGGUGCACCAAUAUCCUGAAAAAUCCGCGCUGCCGAUCAGUCAAAGAGAUCGGGGCUCAGGUCGGUUUUCAAGCUGCUCUCACCUCAACUGUUGCGGCUGUGGGGAAGCUUAUUGAACCGAUUAUCGCCGAGGUGCGCAGUGGAUUUACUCUACUGCAAUAUGCACCCAUACCUCAGCUUUGCAAUACCGAUCCUCGGCCCGUUGCGGGUAGAAAGCGGCGGCGUAUCAUCGAGGAUUCUAUGUCCCCUGAUGUGAACAAAAACGUAAACAUUCGUCAAAAUAACAUGUAUGCAGCGUCAUCGCCAAGCGCGUACACUAACACUACAGUCGGCAUCCCACCCCCGUCUACGCUACCGGAAGAACUCAUGGGAACCGAUUCGCUAUCGUCACCGCUUCGAGCAGCGUUUUCCCAGCCGGCCACAGACAGAAUAUGGAUCCGACUAUCUCGCUUGUCCACUGCCGUCACCGUGGAGCAAGUGGUCGCUUCUGUGAAACGCCGUUUAGCCACCGAUGACGUCCUAGCAUACUGCUUGCUGAGGAAAGGAGUCAGUGUUGACAGCGUAAACUGGCUUUCUUUCAAAGUGAGAGUACCGGCCGCCCUUCGUGACGCAGCACUCGCCCCAUCGUCCUGGCCUGUCGGUAUUGGUGUACGUGAAUUUGUACAAUCCCGUCAACGAGAGCAUGGACACUCAUCGUCACCAAUCACCAUCAAACACCGUUCUCUCACACGCACACCUGUUGUCAUCGAUCGCCGUUCGAUGCCUCGCACACCAACAUCCACUGUCUAUCACUCACCGGCACACGCAUCAACUUCACAGGCUCAAACACUAACAUCACCACAAUUGGGAGAACACACGUUGAACGACACCACUCAUGGUCCUAAUUCAACACUCAUUGACGGCCCGCCUUUAAUUCGCCGCACUUCCAACACCAACUUACAACAGACCACACUUGACCGUUUCUUUCACGAAUAGACGAACCUCUGUUAAGUCUGCACAAAUACCUACCUGUUAUGUUCCUGCUGCUAAUGCGCUUCGCACUGCCCGUUCCACUG